CCCCCCAUCAAUAGAGGUCGUCACCGUGGCUGCGAGGGGCCGCGUCAGGCCAGGCGUCAGUGGUUCCUCAGGGGUCAGGCUCCUGGGCCUGGCGAUGCUUCCUCUCCCUCACCCCCAACUCCUGUGUAAAAUGAAUGGGAUGAGCCCGCUGGCCAGCACUGUAUGGACUAUUCCAGGUCAUAUACCCGAGGAGUUGCCUCCAAUGCCCGAGUGACCUUGCAGGGCAACCGGGUGCUUAGUUUCCUGAAUACAUAACAAAAGCUCACUGGAACUUUUUCUCAAUUAAUUUUAAUCAGGGAGGUACUUUAUGCUCAACUUCUCCAUUUUACUAUCUGUGUAGUGAUGGAAGCUUGGGAAAAUCUGUCUGAAUAUCUUGUCCACAGCCUUUUAUAUAAAGUCUUUAAAACUGAACACUCAGCGGGUCAGGAAGCAUCUGUUGAAAGGGAAGUAGUCAAUGUUUCAGAUCCAUCUGGGGACCCUCAGCAGCUGUCAGUAUAAUCUAUACGAGACAUUACCCAAAAUGCUGUGCUGUCAGGCAUCAAAAUUGGUGAAGAUGCUCGCAUUGUCGUCCAGUAGAAUAUGUAUGGUGAAACGAUGCUCAUGGCAACGAGUGCAAGAGCUAUCCUGUUUGGUUGCACAUCAAAAAAACAGAUGGUCAAACAGCAAUAGACACAAGCUCGCUUUUCCUCUGAGUGAGGGAAUUGGAAUGUAUGGACAUCCCUCAAUUUGUCACACAAGGAUGCUGUCAUUGGCUUCGUGCUUGUCUGCUGCAGCAGUUUCAGCUCCUCGCUUUGGCUGGUAUGAGAAUGUUUCUGACUCGAUGCCUGUUCACUUGAUGGAGAACUUAUUGACUAAUGUGCAGCAAACCACAGGACUGCCAUGGUGGGCAAGCAUCAUUUGCACAACCGUGGCAUUACGAGCAACUGUGACUCUCCCACUUGCUGUUUAUCAAACGUACAUUAUUGCCAAGAUUGAAAAUCUACAGCCUGAAAUUGCAGAGCUAGCCAAGCGAUUACGUUAUGAAGUAUCCAUACGUGCAAAGCAAGUUGGGUGGUCAGAAAAUGUGGCUCGUUUCCAUUUCAGGAAAAAUAUGAAAAGGAUCAUCUCGGAGCUCUACGUGCGUGACAACUGUCAUCCUUUCAAAGCAAGUCUUCUCAUCUGGGUCCAGCUGCCACUCUGGGUUUUCAUCUCCAUCGCUUUGCGGAACCUGAGUCUAGCAGCAUCUGAUUCUUCAGCAGUAUCUGUGGCUCAGAAUCUAUCGGUGGGUGGUGUACUUUGGUUUCCUGACAUGACUUUGCCUGAUUCUACCUGGAUAAUGCCUAUUUCAUUGGGGCUCAUUAACCUUUUAAUCGUUGAGAUCGUUGCCCUCAGGAGAACUGAAUUGUCAAAAUUUCAGAAAUGCGUUACAUACAUGAUCCGUGGAUUUUCGGUGCUCAUGGUCCCAAUUGCUGCAACCGUGCCCUCGUCAAUGGCUCUCUAUUGGCUGACAUCCAGCUGUGUGGGUCUUGGACAGAAUUUGCUGCUGCGUGCUCCCAACCUUCGCACAUUGUGCCGGAUUCCCAAGAUGAAGUCCGAUUCAGACACUCCCUUCAGAGACUUAUCAGCAGCAUUUCUUGCAAAAUAUUUCUCUCGGAAAUGAUCAAGUGAAGGUAUAUGUCGAAUGCAAUUUGUAACUGAAUAGGAUGCACCAUCUUUUACUGACAUUUGUAGGGUAAAGUGUGUUAGACAUGCUCUGCACUCAGGAGUUGUGCAUGUAUGAGAGAGACCAUGUGCUCUGCUAGUCCCUGAGGGACUGAGAUUAUUAAAGAUGCUUGGUUUUUAUUUUUCUUCCACAUCCAUUGCUUGUCAAAGAAGGUGAACAGAAACCAAAGGACAAAAUGAUUGCACAUCACUGUACACAAUUAUUUUGCGUCAUAAAUAUGUAUUGAUGAUUACUUGGGGAUGUUAUUGGGUUUUAUUUCCCUAUUUGUCUGUGAAGUCUGCAUGUCAGUUAUUGCAUGCAUCCAUCUUCCAUGUGGCUGAUUAGACAGGGUAUCUCAGUGUCUGGAUUGCUUGUGAUGAUGAGCCAUAAUUUACUGUUCUUAUAUUUUUAUACACCGUUUCCAUUUCCUUCUCUUGAAAUGUGUCCUGAUAACUUCCCCUCAAGUUUGUUUCAUUGGUUGAUUUAAGUUUUCACGCAGUCAGAAUUGCAAUCACCUUGACAUUAAAUCAGAAGGAUUAUUUUCUGAGCAGCACUAGACUUUUACCAUCACUUCAAAUAAAUGUCAACAAUGUUUUGAAUUUGUGGAGUUAAUUGGAUCUCUCUCUGAAAUCAUAGGAGCAGCCUUGAACACCACCUGGUGUGCAAUUUGUGACAGUGUCCCCCUCGUUCUGAUCCCUAUCACUAGCAGACAGGCCAGGUGAGGCCAAACUUAAGCAUCAUUGGGAUUAGCUUGGUACAAUUAGCUGAAAAUGGAUUGGCCACCCGAAUCUCAACAGCCUACUCAGGCUAGUCCACCCAGAAGGGAGAAGGGAGUAGCAGGAGA